AGUUGUAUAGAUCAAAGUAUUUAUGAAUAAAGUAUAUUUUUGAAAUAAAAAAAAACUUCAGUUUUUAAAAUGAUCGCUUCCUAGUUGGAAAUCCUAGCCCACGUGUUAAUGGAUAGACAAUAAGACUGAGACUGGUUGCCCAGGCAACUCCAAGUUGGAUCCUCUCCGUGAUCUUUGACCCCGAGUGAACGCUCCCUCCACAGGCCGGAACGCAGGAAGUGACGCAGAGGCUACUGUGAUGAUCAUGGAUGCGUGCUGUUGCCUAGCGACCUUGAAGACGGUUUAGAAUCGAGCGGUCGAGUUAUCGACAGCCAGCACCGGCAGUAGAGGAACCGGGAAUAGGAGGGAUGCUGCAAUGACUGACUAGUCAUGGAACAAUCAACUUGGUACAAGCUCUGUGCCACUGAUACUGGAUGCCCAACUGUUAGAAUGGAAUUCAAAACCAGAACUCCUUGCCCUGUUUCUUGAUGAAGCAAACACCUUAAUAUCGCGAGUACUGCAGCAUCUUGUGGAGACUGGCUGAUAGUAAGUACUGCAUAGAACCAUGUCAUGUCAAUCUGGAUCAGAAGAUCUAACCAAGUCAUUGGUCUUUCGUCUCCAUGAAGGCACACCUGAAAUUGUGCGUGAUGUUCUCCUUGAGCGUGGUUGGGUGGAAUUUAAUGAGGAAGAACAGGAUGAAAAUGAUUGGAAUUUAUAUUGGCGAUCGGGUUUUUCCAAUGCAGAGUAUGAAAACAUUAUGCCUUGGCAAAGAUUGAUCCACUACCCAAAAAUCAUGGGCAUAACUCGAAAAGACAAUCUUGCUCGUAAUUUAAAGCGUAUGUCAGGGGUUUAUGGCUCUACAACAUAUAACUUUAGCCCUAUAGCUUUCAUUCUUCCCAAUGAUUACACCAAAUUUGUCGCUGAAUAUACAAAAGACAAGAAGGCAAAUGGCGGAAAGCUUGGAUACUGGAUAUGCAAGCCUGUUGAUCUCUCUCGUGGUAGAGGAAUAUUUAUAUUUCAAGAUAUUAAAGAUUUGACUUACAGCUGUUCUGUUAUCGUACAAAAAUAUAUCAGCAAUCCUCUUCUUAUCUCUGGUUACAAAUUUGAUUUGCGAAUCUAUGUUUGUGUCACUAGUUUCUGUCCAUUGAUAGUUUAUAUUUAUCAAGAAGGUCUGGUGCGGUUUGGGACAGAAAAGUAUAGUCUUGCAUCUUUAGAUAAUGUAUAUGCUCAUUUGACAAACACCAGCAUCAAUAGAUUUGGACCUUCCUACACAGUGGAUAAAGAACGGGUUGGUUCUGGUUGCAAAUGGACAAUGAGUCAAUUCCGUGCUUUUCUGCAUAGUCUUAAUAUAAAUGAACCACUCAUGUGGCAGAGGAUAAGCAAUAUUGUGACAAUGACUUUGCUAACAAUUACUCCCUCCAUUCCAUCCCCUCCUAACUGUCUUGAACUCUUUGGGUUUGAUAUCCUAAUAGAUGAAAACAUAAAACCAUGGCUUUUAGAAGUAAAUUAUAGUCCAGCACUAAUGGUAGACUGUAAUGCUGAUGUAAUAGUGAAGAAAGGGCUUUUAUAUGACCUCAUUGAUCUGCUGAAUUAUAAAGAGGUCGAUAGAUUGCGCCAACGUGGUUACCCAAGUCCUUGGCAAUAUAAUAUACUUUCUCGGAGCCAUCCUUCCUUUUAUGUGACUAACUCAUUUGGAAAUGUGCUGCCUCUUCACUCCAAUGCUUCUAAAAAAGCAAAAGAAAUUUGGUCCAGUACCCAAAAUGAUUCACUGUUAGUCUAUCGUAAAAAUUGUAAUCAAUCUAAUGGGUACAACCAAAGUGAAGAUCAAGAGAUGGAUUCCCAAAAAGUAGAAGAAGAGAACAAAUCAUCUUAUACCAGCAAACAGUUCUCCCACAUGCCACGUUCCACUGGGGAAGAUUCUGGGAAAAAUAUCAAGAAGGUAUAUAGUUCUACAGGUGCUGUGUCUGUCUAUUGUUUGGACACUAAGAAAUGCAUAAAGAAUGUGAAGCCCACUAGAUCACUGCCAAAGAAAACCUUGACUUCACAGAUGAGAGAAAAGAUGAACAGAAGUUAUAUACGCACACAGAAUCCAGUGGGCAGAGUAAUGUUGCUGGGAGCAAAAUAUGAACAAUCUAAUGGGAAUUUUCAUAAAAUGGGCCCAAGAUUUCCUUCAGUUGAUUUGCAAAGAUACAAACUAGCAUCUUUUCCUCAGUAUAGUCUUUCAGAAGUUGAUAAGAAGCCUAAGAACCGCAUUGGUGAUUUUAUACUGACAUUUCCAUUUAAUGAAAUAACACUAAAGGCUUCCCGGGACCCUAUAAACAUAAGGAUCAUAAUGCAGGAAUUGCAGAAGAUGCCAAAGAUAUUACAGCAACCAAAGAGUGCAAAAAGUAAAAGUGAGCCCCAUCUGGAUGGCUCUUCUAAUAGAAAAGAAUGUUUUGGUUCUUUUCUGUGGGGUCCACGGAAUCCUCCAUUGCUUAGUGAAUGCUGCUUUCAAAAUUAAAUAGUUGAACUUUUGUUUUAACCCCAGUUACUUUAAUUUUAUAAAUUAAGGUAUUAAAUUCUUCACAAAUGGAAACACAGUUCUUGGGGGUAAUUUAUUUAUUUUUCAUUUAAAAAUAGUUUACAGGUAUUGUAAUUUAUUUUUGUCUGGAAACCAAACCAACCAUUGGGUGCUACUGAACCAGUUAUCACAAGUGAUAGAAACAAAUUUUAUUUUCACACAGUAUUAUAUGACAGUUGUAAACAUUAUUACACAAGAAAAUAAUGGUCAGCAGAUGCCUAUUGUGCUAUGCAGUAACCAUAUGACCAGUAAGUGAAAUAACAAUGUUCUGCUUAUUUACAAUAGUGUAAUACAAUGCACUUCACAGUCAUUUUCUGAUUGUUAUUGCAGUAAACUACUGGAAAUCAUAUUGGAGUAAAUGUUUAACAAUCCGCCUGUAAUCUGCUUCACUGCAUUGUGUAACUUUGGCUGUAUUACUCAUUUCUUAUAACAGCUCUAAGAAGGAGUGGUUAAUGAACUUUAUUAAACAAAAUAAU